UACUACAUCCCUGGUUUGCAGCCCGGCAAAAUUGCGUCUUUGGUGAAAUUAAAAUGAUAGCAAUUCCUUAGGCACGAUUCUGUUGAAACGUCAUCAUGUCAUCCAUUGACAAGUUGUCUAUUCAGGGAGUCCGGAGUUUCGGCUCCAACUCAGAGGAUCUUCAGAGCAUUACGUUUUCAUCGCCGGUUACCCUGAUUUUGGGCGAGAAUGGGUGCGGAAAGACGACUGUUAUAGAGUGUCUAAAGUAUGCCCUUACUGGCGAAUGUCCACCGGGAAGUGAUCGCGGUAAAAGUUUCGUCCAUGACCCCAAGAUUUUCGGACUGAACGAGUCGCUGGCACAAAUUAAGAUGCAGGUCCGCGACAAGAGAGGCGCCCAAGUAUCCAUCUGCCGCACUAUGAAGGUGUCCAAUAAGCGCAACAAGGUGUCCUUCGAGACGAUGGACUCCACCAUUAACUUCCUUAGCGGCGCUGGUCAGUCGAAGCGCGAGAGUCAUGACUCUCUGAGCGGACGCACCGUGGACAUCGAUGUGGCCAUCUCGGACUUCAUGGGCGUCUCGAAGGCGAUUAUCAAUAAUGUCUUGUUUUGCCAUCAAGAGGACUCCAGUUGGCCGUUGGACGAGGCAAAGAAGCUGAAGGAGAAGUUUGACGCUAUAUUCGGCAUCACCGAGUACAAUAAGGCUUUAGAUAAAAUCAUAAAGCUGCGCAAAGAGGCCGUGGAAGAGCUGAAGAUAAUGGAUGCCAACAUGAAGCAUGUGGCCUAUCUCAAGGAGGAAAUGGAGGUUAAGACCAUGAGCCUUCAGAGGGCCCAACAAAAAUGCGACGUUAUAGAGGCGCAGUGCAGUGAAUGCGAGGUGCAGAUGAAGCCUAUUGAGGCCAGGUUGGAGGAAAUCCGAAAUGUAGAGUUCGAAAUUGGAAAAUACCAAGCGCAGAAGGUCGAAAUGGACACCAAGCACAAAAACUGCAAGGAGCAGAUCACCACCAUAUCCCGAAAGAUCAAAAGCCCCUUUGAGGGUUCUCUUGUUGAGUUGGAACUGGAGAUCAGCAACUUCGAUCAACGCAUGUCAGAGAUGAGACAACAGCGAACAGAGGCGGAGCAGAAUGUUUCCCAGCUUAAGAAAUCCAGUGCAACUGAGCAGGAUAAAUUGGGCAAACUGGACAAAAAGCACUGCCUGGCCAAGGAGCGGUAUCAGAGCGAGCAGACUUGCAGGACACAGCUACUAAAACGGAUCAAGGACUUCUGCCGAGAACUACAGAUGCCCAUCGAUGGUAAUCUCCUUGAGGAGCCCGAAAAGCUGGUGGAAGUGCUGCAGGACAUCGAGGCGAUGAUUUUGAGUAAGCACUGCGAAAUCGCGGAGAUCGUUGAGCAGAACGACAACGCCGAUCGAAGCAGACAGGCUAAGAUCGACGAGUUGCGCAUAGAGCUAACCAAAUCGGAGCAAAGUGUGAUGGCCCAGGAGAAGCAAAGAGAAACCAGCAAGCGAGAGGGCGAAAGCCUUCGGGUGGAUAUCAAAAAAAUCGAAGGCUCCAUGCAGGAACUAAAGAAGCUGGAGAAAGAAAUUGCUGAUGUAAAUGAACUGUAUGAAAGCGCUACAAAAGAUUUGGACCAGCAAGCCAUGAAAGAGGUCAUCUCCAGGAAGAAAUCCAGUAUUGCCGAGAAGCAGUUGUUGUUUAAGAAGUUGGACGAGCAGUUAACGUUCUUGGGGUCCAUGGCCAAACUAGUUGCCGAAAUCAGUCUUAAGCAGAAGGAACUAGAAAAAAGGAACCAGGAAGUCCAUCGCGUGCGCAACCGUCACGCGGAUAACUUUGGCAAAUUCUUCAAGGAACCCAUAAACAGCAAUUAUCGCCGAUCGGUGCAGGGGGCCUACGAAAAACUGCGUCACGAGAUCAAUGAUCUCAACGAAAAGGCCAACACGCAGAAGCUGAGGGAGCAGUCGUUCGAGAUAAAGCGUAAAAAUCUCAUUGGCGAGAUUUCCCGCAUGGAAAAGGAUCUCAAGGAGAGCGAGGAGUUGAUUUUUCAAAAAUGUCGCUCAACUCCGUACGAGGAUCUGCUGGAACGCAGCAAGACGGUCAUUUCCAAACUACAGUUCGAACAUGGCGCCCUGAAAUCCUCUGAGGCCCUUUACAAGAAGUACAUACAAAAAAUCGGUGAAGAGCCCUGUUGCCCUUUAUGCCAUCACAAUAUGUCUGGGGAUGAGGCCUGUGACUUGACCAUCGAGCUAACCGAUGAGAUCCAAAAGUUGCCCGAUAAUAUCAUCAGAGCUGAGAAAGCUCUAAAGGCAGAGCAAAUGAAAUACGAGAACUUACUGCACAUAAAGCCCAAUAUUCUUAAGGUUAAAGAUCUAAAGGAAUCCUUGCCCCAAAAGAAAGAGGAACUGAAAAAAGUAGAGGAGUUGCUCGGAGAUAGCGUCAGCGAAUAUGAGACUUUGCUGGCUCUGAUUGGGGAGCCCACACACAAUAUGGAGUUGGCGAAUUCUAUGAUGGGUGAUAUGACACUAAUAGACGAGGCUUUAAAAGACUCCUGUCGGCUUACAAAAGAUCUGGAUCAGCAGAAGGCCAAAUUACCAGCUUCUUAUGACUCGAGUGUAUCGAUGGAUGCUCUGCAGGCGGAGAAGAGCGAGAUUUCCAAAAGUUUAGAGGACGACCGCAAGGAGUUAGACUCCACUCAAAAUACAUUCCAACAGCAGAUGGAUGCUCUAAAUCGUUUGCGGGAAAAGAAAAAUAGCUUAAAAGACCGGCAAAUACAUCUCCAGGAGGGUUUGCAAAGUCUUCCACAACUUAAGGAGCGUCUGGAUACGCUCAAUAAUUUUCUUAACACAGUAGCUGUUGAAAUAAGUGAACUGAAGGCCAAAAUACACCCUCUAAAACUAAAUCUAAAAUCUGCUAUAGGUGAAAAAGAACGCUUAAAGGAGACCGAAAAGGUCAAACUAGCUCAGUUGAAUUCUAAAUAUAAUUCAUACAAAAGCACAGAUCAGGACAUACAAAGAUUGAAUAAAGAAGCCCAGGAAUAUGCCAAACUGGAUCUUCAAAAUGAGAUUACAAAAUUGGAUGAAAAUAUAAAGGGAACCAGAAACACGCUGAGAAAAUUGGAAAUCGAGGUCUCUUUAAAAACUGAUGAACUGGAAACUCUAAAAACAGAAUGCCUUAACCAGCUGACCGUUGAACGAGAUAUGAAGGACAACCGUGAGCUGAAACAGCUCCAGGAAAAGGAAUCCAAACUGAGCGAAAACUGCAAGACGCUAGAUAAGCAACUAGGUAAUCUGGACUUCCACAGCGUUCACAGGGAGAAAGUGGAACUGACAAAAAAACGGGAUAAAGCUACAGUGAGAAAAGGUGAGCUGCUGGGACAGCUGGGCGAAAUAAACAGCCAGGUUGACAAGUUGAAGCGGGAAAUCAAUGAGCCCAGAUUCAAGGAGUCCCUUAAAAAUUUCCGCAAGGCCAAUUACGAGCUGAUGGUGACCCGUCUUAGUAUCGAGGAUUUAGGCCAACAUCGUUUGGCAUUGGAGUGGGCCCUGAUCCAGUUCCACGCGGAGAAAAUGGAGAAGAUUAAUCGGCUGAUACGCGAGUACUGGCGCAUGAUUUAUCGCGGUAAUGACAUAGACUAUAUCCAGGUGAAGACUGACGAGGUCAGCACGGAAGCUUCGGCAGACCGCCGAAAGACGUACAACUACCGAGUGGUCCAGUCCAAAAACAACACGGAGAUCGAGAUGCGGGGGCGCUGCAGUGCUGGUCAGCGCGUUCUAGCCUCCCUCAUCAUCCGCUUGGCGCUGGCUGAGACUUUUAGCAGUAAUUGUGGCGUCCUAGCUUUGGAUGAGCCCACCACGAAUUUGGAUCGCAUCAAUAUAACCUCACUGUGCGAUGCCCUAAACUGUAUCGUAGAGGAACGCCAGAGCCAGUCUAACUUUAUGCUCAUCAUAAUUACCCAUGACGAGAAUUUCAUCUCGUCGCUGGGGAAGAUAAGCACCUACCAUCGGGUCUUCCGCAACGAUGAGUGCAAAUCGGUUAUUCGAAAAGUGCAGGUUGGCUAAAAAGUGUGCCUAUCAAAGAGUGCAUUUACACCAGUAAAAAUAAUUACUUUUAUUAUCGCUGUGUGUUUACUGAAGAAUAAAGAAGACACUGUACUGGCACAGCAAGCAUGUUGCACUUUAAAA